AAAGUCACGUGAUGUAAACAAAGUUGAAAAGCUCAUACUCAUCUCCAGAGUGUAUUUUUUAUCAAAUUAAAGAACCCUUUUAUCACCUUUUAACAGUUAUAUUAUUGCUGUUACUUCAAAUUAGGCUUUGUCGUGACGAAGUCAUCUUGUUGUCAUGUUGAAACUCCUAAUUUUUGCUUUGUUAAUUAUUGCUUUUUGUAACAGUGUUCAAUCUUUGCCUAUUAAUGAACAUUUUGCAUCUGGAUACGAGAAAUGUCCAACUGGUGAGGAUGAUAAAUUGAAUGUCCACUUGGUCUGUCAUACUCAUAAUGAUGUUGGAUGGUUAAAGACAGUGGACCAGUACUUUUAUGGAGCCAACCAAAGUAUACAGAAUGCUGGAGUGCAAUACAUUCUAGAUUCUGUGAUUACUGCACUGAAGCAGGACAAAAACAAGAAAUUCAUCUAUGUGGAGACAGCAUUCUUUUCAAGGUGGUGGAAUGAGCAGCAUGAUUCUGUUCGACAUACCGUGAAAAAGCUUGUGUGUGAUGGUCAACUGGAAUUUAUUGGUGGUGGUUGGAGUAUGAAUGAUGAGGCAGCUGCCCACUAUAAUUCUAUUGUUGAUCAGAUGACUUUUGGCUUAAGAGUUCUGAAUGACUCUUUUGGGGCCUGUGGCGUCCCAAAGGUAGCAUGGCAGAUAGAUCCUUUUGGACACUCCAGAGAGCAGGCAUCUCUGUUUGCACAGAUGUUUUUUGAUGGAUUAUUUUUUGGUCGAUUGGAUUAUGCGGACAAAGAUUUGAGGGAGCGAACAAAGACUAUGGAGCAUGUGUGGAGAGCUAGUUCAAAUAUAGGUGCUAAAGCUCAUCUCUUUACUGGAGCUUUGCCAAAUUCAUAUGGCCCACCCUCUGGUUUUUGCUUUGAUAUACUCUGCAGUGAUCCUCCUAUAAUGGAUGAUCCAGACUUAAAGGAUUACAAUGUUGAUCAGCGUGUAAAUGAGUUUAUUUCUGCUGCUGAGGAUCAGGCAAAACAUUAUGCUACUAAUCACAUAGUAAUGACAAUGGGGAAUGACUUCAAUUACCAAAAUGCGGCAACUUGGUAUAAAAAUCUUGACAAGCUAAUCAAGUAUGUUAAUGCUAAGCAAUCAAACGGCAGCCGAGUUAAUGUGUUCUACUCCACUCCUUCGUGCUACUUGUAUGCCUUAAAUCAGGCAAAUAUGACAUGGGUUACUAAAGAUGAUGAUUUUCUGCCCUAUGCCAGUGACCCACAUGCAUACUGGACUGGCUAUUUCACCAGCAGACCCUCCCUGAAGGGAUAUGAAAGAGUGGGAAACAAUAAGCUGCAAACUUGUAAACAGUUAGCUGCAAGGACAGAUAUUGAAGAAGUGACAUUAGAUUUUAUGAGAAAAGCCAUGGGUAUUAUGCAGCAUCACGAUGCUAUAACUGGAACUGCCAAACAGCACGUCACUAAUGACUAUGAGCAAACAUUGUCUUCUGCAAUAGAAACUUGUCACGACAUUGUGACUGAAGCUUAUGAAAAAUUAAUGCCUAAAAGUUCAGUUACCAAUGAGACUGUUCCUAAGCAAUAUUUCUGCAAUUACUUAAAUAUCAGUGAAUGCAGCGUAUCUGAACAGAACUCUUUGUUUUCUGUUACUAUUUACAACCCAUUGGCAUGGAAUGUUUCAACUUAUGUUCGACUGCCAGUUUCUGGAAGUGCAUACAAGAUUUUAGAUUACAACGGCAAGGCAGUUGAGGGUCAGAUUGUUCCUAUUUCUCAAGCAUACUUCAAUAUCUCAAGCAGAUCCUCGAAGGCAUCAUCUGAACUUGUUUUCGCUGUUCAAUUACCAGCUUUGGGUUAUGCCACGUAUUUGGUACAAAACACUUCAUCUGCAAGGGUGAAAGCUGUACAAGCAAGCAAAAAGCACAUAAAAAGUGAUGGAGACUGGAUUCUAAAAAAUCAAUUCCUAUCUGUUUUUGUGGAUGGUAAAUCCGGACUGCUAAAGAUGAUUCAGCUCGCAGAUGGAUCCAAUUUGACUGUGAACCAAUCAUUUUAUUGGUAUAGAGGAAUGAACGGAAAUAACACCAAGUCUGAGUUCAGAGCUUCUGGUGCUUAUAUCUUCAGACCUAACGGGACAGAGCCUCUACCUCUUGGUGAUAAUGUUACCCUGACAUUUACCAAUGGUUCAGUUGUACAAGAAAUUAACCAGGUCUUUACUCCUUGGUUGAGUCAGUCCAUACGUUUGUACAACCAAUCAAAGCAUGUAGAGUUCAAGUGGAUUGUGGGGCCCAUUCCUGUGCAAGACCAGAUAGGUAAAGAAAUAAUUACAAGAUUUGAUACCAAUUUACAAAGUCAAGGUUUCUUCUAUACUGAUUCAAAUGGAAGGGAAAUAUUACAAAGACAGCGUAACCAUCGUCAAACUUGGAAUCUGAAUGUUACAGAACCUGUGUCUGGAAAUUAUUAUCCUGUCAACAGUAGAAUUUAUAUACGGGAUAAAAACACUCGCAAACAAGUUACAGUUCUGACCGAUCGAUCACAGGGAGGAACCAGCAUUAAGGAUGGCUCUUUAGAAUUGAUGAUUCACAGGAGGCUCUUGCACGAUGAUGCCUUUGGCGUCGGAGAAGCUCUCAACGAACCAGGCACGGAUGGCCGUGGUCUGGUAGUCACAGGCAGCCACCAUCUGAUAUUCUCCAACGUCUCAUCCGCAGCAUCUCAACACAGGCCGAUGGCUCAGAAGCUCUUCAUGCAGCCUCAGAUAAGUCUGGCUCCUCUCAACAAGUCCCAAGCUGCAUCAUUCUCAACGUCUUUCAAGAUGAUUUCCCCAGGACUGAAGGCUCCAUUACCUCCUAAUGUGCAUUUGUUGACCUUGGAACCAUGGAAAAGAGGAACCAUUCUUCUUCGCUUGGAACACAUUUAUGAGUUUGAUGAUGAUGAUGGUGAAUUGAGCAAACCGGUGAAAGUUUCAUUAAAGGAUCUCUUUACUGAUUUUGAAGUAUUGUCUGUCAAAGAAACAACUUUGAGUGCAAAUCAAUUCUUGGAGCAAGCAAAGAGAUUAUGUUUCAAUAUAAAGACAAAUAACUGUACAUCUUCGCAAGUGAGACCAAGUGGAGAUGCUGAUCUGGACGAUUUGGAGGUUUACUUGACACCAAUGCUAAUUCGCACUUUCAUUGCCAAGAUUAAGAUCUAAUCAUUAAGAUCUAAUUGCUGAUAAUGGCAGCUGUAAGAACAUUUGUGGCAUUCGUAAUGCAUAUCAAAUGUUUAUUCCUGGAGCUUUUGAGAAUGUACUUUUUUGUAUUUGUGAAAUGUGCUACAUAGUUUUUCUUGCUUAGGUAAAAAUGAUUUUGUGUGAAGUUUUUGCAAUUAGAAAAGAAAAUUAAAACAAAAUACAGGUGAUUAUUGCUAAAUAUGUAUCUAUAUAGAAAUGUUUUAGAGUUAACUAUUUACAAAUGGUAAUUAAAAUCUGGUUUUUAACUCAAUUGUUUCAACUUAAUCAAAAUGAAAGAGAAAAAAAAAGUUUAAAUUUUGUAAGUACCAUGUACUUGUGGUUUUCAAUCAAUGAAAACAAUAUGUAAAAAUAAAUUUCUAAAUGUUUUAUUAAUAAAAUAUGUUUUGAAUAA